AUCUUCUUAACACCAAAAUCGUAGAUAAAAUGGAGUCACAGUUGCAGCAAACUCAUGGCGCUCAUGGCCGGCACUACGAUCAGGACCCACUCACCGGUCAUGAUCACAAUGAAGAUGAACAUCACGGGGAGAAGAAAUCCGUGAUGAAGAAGGUGAAAGAAAAGGCUAAGAAAAUAAAGAACACGAUCACGAAGCAUGGGCAUGGUCACCAUCACCAUGAUGAGGAAGAGGAUGACGAUGAUGACGAAGAAGCGGUUGAGGACCCUGAAGUCCAUGGUGCACCCAUGUAUGAUUCGGCAAGGGUUGGGCAGGGUGGUCUAUAUGCAAAUAUGGCACAACCAAUGGAAAGGCCACCCGUGUUGGCGGAGGACCGGUACACACACCCGGUGACUAGCCAUGGUGAGCCACAACACAUUUCUACUAGUCACAAUCAAACACAUGGCCAAGAGGUAAAUAAAGAAAAAUGGAGGGGUAAAAUUGGACAAUCAGUUGGGAUGGAGGAGGAACCGUUUGCACCUAACCCCGGUGCACCUAACCCCGGUGUCACUGAUCAUACAUAUGGAACGAGACAUGUACCCGAGCCUGCUUUUAAUCGCGGUGAAGGUCAUGAUGUGAACAAGGGAGGGUUGAGGGGUAUUGUUGGGAAAACGACGAGGAUGGUCCCGGAUCCUAGUGCGCCAAAAGAUUCGUUAAGUUAUGGUUCGGAUCCUUCGAAUUAUGGGACUAAAGUGGAUAACCCAAUGCGUACAGGUGGGAAAGAAGCAGAACUCUCGCACCUUGAACAUUCAUUCGACAAAAUGGGCAUUGAAUCCGAACCCAAAACCUUAGAUUCCAACCACCCUGAAAAUCUACCACGUGACACCCUCACCGGAAACCCGUCAGGCCAGAGUAGCACCUACGCCAAUAAAAUAUCAUCCUCCGCUUCAGCCAUAGCUGAUAAAGCCGCAGACGUCAUUGCCUCCAAACUCGGUUACUCAGACCAAAACCAAACUACCAAAUCGCACGAAUCCGUCAACACCCAAGGCUCGGCAACAGAUUAUGCACACAUGAUUACGGACAAGGUUACAGGGACGUUGGCACCCGUUUACGAGAAAGUGGUGGAUGCAGGAAGCUCGGUGAUAUCGAAAGUGCAAGGAAGCGUGUCCGGAACCGGAACCGGAACCGGGCAGCCGCAAGUACACCGAGGUUCGGGAACUUCGUCAACGAUGGAGAAAGAGAAUGUGAAUGUGACGGAUAAGGGGGUGUCGGUUAAGGAGCAUCUAGUGGAGACACUAAAACCAGGGGAAGAAGAUAAGGCGUUGUCGGAUGUGAUAACGCACGCUCUCCAUCGAGGAAAGCAGGAAGAGUCCGGGAAGAAAGCGGGCGAGGAUCAUAGACCGAUGGGAGUAGUGACGGAAUCGGUGGAAGUUCGACGUCGGUUGGGGACUGAUCAGCGUAAAGAACAACAUCAUGAUGAUCCGGGCAAUGUGGUUGCGGAUAAAAAUAUGAGCGAGCGGUUGGCAGACGCGGUGGGUUCCUUUUUUGGUGGGAAAGGGGAUGCACCACAAAGAAGUACCGGAACUUCAUAUGUGACAGAUGAAGGUUUGUCGAGUACUCCGACUGGGGGUAAGAAAUAGACGAAGAGAACGACGAGUGAAGUGAAGUGUAAUGGUACUGUAACAAUAACUUAUGUAUGUUUGUUUUUUUGAAUUACAACAAAACUAAAACCAAGCGGUUAGAUUAAA